AUGGACAAUCCACUUCCUCGCGCUAAAUGGGGAGUGAAAUUGUAUCAAUCGUUGCAAGAGAACAGCGAGGCAAGGCGUCUGGCCGACCAAUUCGAACUGAAAGACUUGAUGAGCCCGGAGGGGUACAGCUUGGUGCUUUCAGCAAUAAUGGAGAAAUACAGACCAUAUCUUGAAGUUGCAGUGCCAGCUGCAAUAGAUAGAUUUUUUUAUGGAGGAGAGAAACAAAAAGGCCAAUCGUUUGCAGCCUUUAUCGCACAGAAAGAAACCUCCAAGCUCGAGCUCGAGACGCACUUGCAGGAGAAGCUUUCUUCCAAGAUAGCCGGACGCAUUUUGCUUCGACAUGCUGGCUUGACAGAAUAUCAGCGAGAACUUCUAGCCCUGCGGGAUUACAACACGCUGCUGUCUUUUGAGCAAGUCGCUGCCUUGCUCAGGCCGCUGGACAGGCCCGAGUUGAUUGCUCAGGCUGCUGGAGCUGAGCUGGGCAGUCAAGCUCAGAAGCACUAUCCAGUUGUUGGGAUGGACUCGACUGAAGGUGACGAGGAGAACCAGCUCGAGGACGACGAGCACGAGGAGGGCGAGUCGGAAUUCUUCGACUCGGAGAUGGACGAGCUGGAAGAAAAUGAGGUGCUCUUCGAAGACAGGGAGUACCAAGAGGACGAAGCUCAAUACAUAAGGGCAUACCACAGUGCCUACGCCGAUGUCAGAGCCUCCCUUCGAGACCAGCGAAAGCAGCGCGGCUUCUCUAGGUCUCGGCCGAAGUCUCCAAGCUCAUUCUCCAGAAGGCCCAGAUCGCAAGAGCGUGGUGGUAAGGGACGAGAUCGAGGCAAAGGCCGAAGUGAAGGGAGCCGGUUCAACAAGCAACGCGCCGGCCCUUUUUCCAGAAGUGGCAAAGGCUCUGUCGUAAAGGGCACCACGGAAGACCUACUAGCUCGCACUCGGUGUUACAACUGUCAAGAACUUGGACAUCUGGUUCGCGACUGUCCCUUGAAGGGGACAGGAAAGGGUGCGAAGAAAAGUUUCGUGGUGUGCCGAGGUGGGAGCAACGCUGCGUCCUCUACCAGUUUGGCGUUUCUCAUCUACAAGGGUCGAGCAGAAGCUGUGCCUGUUCGACAGGCCUUCCCCACGUGCUCUACAUCCACUACCGAGAGCUACUCCCGCAUCUUCGCAGGAGUCAAGGUCAGAGGAUUUGAGGCCUUGGUUGACACCGCCGCCGAGGACGGGGUUAUUGGGGAUCGAGCCUUGAAGCAGUUGACGGCUGAGUUGAAGAAGUACCAGUUGCAACCGGUUGAGGUCGAAGCUGGAGGGUCGCUUCCAUGUGCGGGCAUUGGGGGUGCUGCCACCAUUGUGAAAACCGUGGAUCUGCCAACUUCGGUGGCAGGCCAGCAAGGAGUGCUCCGCAUGACAGUCCUGCAGGACUCGGAUUCCUUUUCGACUCCUCCACUUCUCCCCAUCUCCUACCUCGAGGCGGUAAAGGCAAUCAUCGACUUGUCAACAGAAGAGCUUCGCCUGCCGGGCGGUGUGUCUACUCCCAUGAACCGCCUGGGCUCAGGACAUCGUGCUGUAGAUAUCUUGCAGUUUCAAGACCAACCUUGGCAACUUCCAGAUGAGUUCUGGGUCGAAGGUCGAGACCCCUUUCGGCUUAACGAGGCCUCUGCAGUUAUGGUUUCUUCGGGAUUACCGGCAAGUGCAGCAUGGCGUCUGGUGCCCCAUCAGGUGGUUACCACGACGAGCGCUUACUCGCCAGUUCAGUGUGCGGCCGACGCGCUGGGUGUGAAGGUCUACGUGCACACUCUUGAUGGCAACAUCCGUCUGGUUUCUACUGCUGACGGCUGGCGCAUGCAAGACCCGGUGUCUCCCGAAGAAAGCCAAGUCCUCGGCAGCUUUGCUGUGUCUCCCGAGCGAUAUGCCAUGAUCCUGGAUCAGCACGGUCACUUUAUGCAUGUCAAGGACCGGUGGGCGGCGCCUGCAACGCCGUUGCAAUACCGCUGGCGCGGCCGUGUGUUCUUCUAUGAGGCCCCGAACCCCGGAACAGUGAAUCCAAUGCUACCUUCCGAUGACAGCGCCUUUCAAGAUCACGGCAGUGGUGGAAGUGGUUCUGUCGGUGGCGCUGCGGGCAAGGUCGCUUUGGCUUCUGGGCGAAAUCGUCGUCAGGGUCAAAGGAACCGCGCAAAGCAGCUCAACAUGUACUCCUCGGUCGAUGAAUGUGCAAAGCAGCUGAAUGCAGUUGCGGAUUACUCCGAGGAUGCCCUCUUGCGAGUGAUGAAAAUGGUCGAGAGUGACUCAAAGGGUCAGCGAAGCAUCCUCAAGGCGAAGUCGAAGCAUGGAUACUCAAUGGUUUUAGGAGCCUUUGUUCAUGGAGGAGUGUGUGGAGUGACGUCGUUGACUUUGCGUUUGCCCGAACUGUGUAGGUACGUGAACAACUGGCUGAAGCAUCAAGCAGGACAUGAGUUCACUCGUUGGUCGUCAAUUCACAUUGGAGUGCAAGUUCGUGCCUCUCCUCACAUCGACAAGAAUAAUGAAGUCGGCACCCAGAAUUUGAGCGUAGCCGUCGGGGAGUUUCGGGGUGGUGAGUUGUGGAUGGAAGCCCCGGCACAUGCUCCCGAAGGCGGAAUUGGCAUCACUACACGUGUGAUUGGUGGGCAAAAGCCGGUUGGCUACCUGAUCGAUACCCACAUGAAGCUCAGGGAGAUUGUUCAUGUUACUUUGUUGGGGAUUGUGAAGACGAGCCAGAACACAGCCCCACUGCUGAGCAAGACUUUGUCACGGCUUUUGAGCAAAUCCAUCAACGUCCUCCGGAUGGCCGAGGCAGAGCGUCAGGACGAGCAGUCGCUGCCGAGCCGCAAGAUGGGGACUGCAAAGACUAUGCAGGCGUGGAGGCGCCUAGUCUCUUCGAUCCUGAUCCUCUUGGCGACCGCCCGACAGCAGACCUUGGUAGACCACAUGGUGACCCGCAAUGUCGACGUGGAGGAGCCAGAGGACAAGAAGGAGAAGAAGACCAAGAACCAGAAGAAGGAGAAGAACACGGGUCCCAUCAGCCAGGCAAUUGGACAGCCAAUGAACAAGAGCAAAGCUCACAAGGAGUUCCCAGUCAAGAAGGAUGUGUGCAACCAUCCCGCGGAUGCCUUAAGGUGCCGAGGAAACGCGUGGGCCAGGUGGUGGACGUGCACAAGGUGCGGUUCGAGGUGGAAUCGUCCGGCCGAGAUCCCUCGUCCCUCGUCCUCUUCGAGCACGACGGCAGUGAUUGUGGACGACGAGGCGCCGAAGAUCAAGGACCCCAAAGGCCGGGAGUACCCGAAGUACCUGCCAGCUCCUCGUGGACGUCUGGAACAAGGAGCUCGCGAGGUCACGUUCGACGAGACAGGGAAGGCGAGAGCCAUCCACUCGGCUGUGGAGAUCAACGACCUCGACCUGAUGGAGCAGCGGAAUGCCGAGAAAUCGCAGCGGCAAUCCACCAGGUCCAAGGAUCCAGCUCGCCUCCCAUCCGGUCUACGCGAAGUACAACCACCCAAGGCACCCACGACGGGAAGCAAGGUCAAGACCGAGUUCUUCGAGAUGCACUCGGGCGAGACCAAGGGCGAUGCGCAGAUGGUGUCCAGCUCCGACGACGUGAUCAUGAAGAAGCUUGUCGAGGCCACCAAGAAGCAUGGGAUGUGGUUGAAGGUGUUCUUGGUACUCUUUUCGGUGGCGGGCGGUGCGAACCCUGGACUGGAAGGAGUCUGGGACGAGACUGCGAAGACCUGGAUGCUUGUCGAAGUCUCCAAAUCCACCAAAGCCAAUGAGGAGGUCAGGGUCCAACUGUUCAGUGUGACGAAAGGGCAAUCAUGGCUUUCGGACCUUGAGGGCAAAGCAAGCAGUAUGACCAAGGGCGAGCGAAACAAUCUGGUGAUGCAUCUACAGAAGCUGUCAGGAGUUUUUCGACGAGAUCCUGGAACGACGGAGACCGCCAAAGCCAUUGACCUGAAUCGAGGAUGGGACUAUGGCAAGGUGCAACACCGACAAGAAGCGCUGCGACUGCUGGCCGCGCAUAGGCCGGCGAUGGUUUGGCUGGGUGCUCAGGAUGCCUUUGCAGCGCGACUGGCCAUGGUUCAAGCUGACGGAGGUCGGGGUUUCGUGAUGACCACGAGCCCUACUACAAGCAAAGUAGCUGAGCCGAUCGUUGAUCUGGCUCAAAGACCAGACGUGGCCGAGGUGAAGUGGCGAGGCAAGUCCGUGUGGAUGUGGACGAACCUCGCGAGUGUGGCAAAAGAUUUACAGCGACGUUGUGACGACCCUCGCCUGUCAGUACAAGAACUUCGCGAUUUACCGUCGUCGUUCUCUACUGCCUCUGCUGCGGGUUUGGAAGCCACUUUCUUGGAGAACGUCAUCGAGAACCUGCACCGACUACAACCAUCACAACAUUACCCCAUCUUCAACAUUCCUGACCAAUGGUUUCGACGCGGUGGGCAUUUAAGAUGUCAACAUUUCGUGCCUCGUCAUAGACUGGCGCAGCCUACCGAGUGUGAGGCAUUCUCUACCAAAGCCUUGCGCCUCUCGGGCCGGCGCACCACGCAUCAGCAAUUUGUUGAUGGCCGUUCCUACUUUGUCCACGAUGACUGGAAAAAGUCUGUUUCAACCUCUACGACAACCGCGUGGACUGGAUACACAGAGUUCGAGGUGCUGCACAACGUGCUUUUGCCCGAGAGCUACAAGAACUCUGCGCAGUGGAUUGCCAAAGCAGCCACGCAUGCGCUGUUUUCACACGUCUCUUACGAGACGGCUUUUCAGACGGAGUGGAAAUCCAUGUUUCCGUCGCACAGAAUUUUGGGGGAACGCAGUUCAUCGAGCGUUCCAAAUUUUGGAACUGGGGUGCCUGAGUUCGACUUUGAUGUGGACGACUUCAUCGACAACAUCCCGACUGCGACGGAACCUGGCACCAAACGGAGGAAACUACCUGAAGAAGAUGAAGCGGCUGUGGCGAAAGAGCUCAGAGAUCUUCCGGUGUCAGAGCGUCGCGACAUCGAAGUGUCCUCCUUGCCUCCGGACCUACGCCGGGAAGUAUAUAGGAUCCACAGAAACUUAGGACACCCCGAGAGAGCAGCCUUUUGCAGAGCUCUCAAACACGCCGGAGCAAAACCUGAGGUCAUUCACUUUGCCAAGCAUGUUUUCCAGUGCCCCAUAUGCAUGGCGCGGAAGAGACCCGCAUCACAUCGGCCAGCACACCUGGUUAGAGCAAUGCCGUUCAACGAGGUGGUUGGUGCCGACCUCAUCUACUACGAGAAGAAGAUUCUGUUGAACAUCCUCUGCUGGGGCACAGGGUAUCAAAUUGUUUCUCAGAUCCCCGACCGGACCUCUGAGACAGUGACCCAGUGUUUCGUGCAGGAGUGGAUGGCUCACUACGGUGUUCCGAGGCUGGUCGUGGUAGAUCAAGGCAAGGAGUUUGCCGGAAGAUGCUUCUGCAACGUGGUCAGCGAUGCUGGAGCAAUCGUGCACUUCACGGACGUCAGAUCGCCUUGGCAAAACUCGAGGACUGAGAAGGCCGGUGGGCUUUUCAAAAGCCGCCUAGCCAAAAUUUGCGAUGAGGUGCUGAUCGCUGACGAUGAUGAGUUUAACAUGGCGGUCAGCGAGGCUGUGUUUACUCGCAACCAGUUGGUAGACCGGUCAGGCUUCAGCCCUCAACAACGUGUUUUCGGAUGCAAUCUUCGACUUCCCAAUUCAAUGGUUGCAGAAGACUACAUCGCCAAGGAGCUGCUCGCAAAUCCACAGACCGACCACAUGAAGCGGGCUCUGGAAAUCCGCGAGGCCGCGGCUAAGGCCUGGGUAGCCAGUCAAGACAUACAAGCAGUGCGGCGAGCCUCCCGAGCAAACACUCGGACCAGUGACGUGAUCGACUUCAAGCCCGGAGAGGUAGUGUACGUGUGGAGAGACACGGCUUCGUUCACUGGAUGGUCUGGGCCGGGGAUUGUCGUAGCCACUGCGAGCAACGGUCGCUCAGUAUGGGUGAGUGUACGAGGCUACCUGGUCAAGGCUUCUCGAGAACAAGUACGGGCCGCUACAGGGGAAGAGAGCCUUGGUGUGGAGCUCGCGCAGAUACUCUCUUCAGAGAUGUUAGAUAAGCUCGAGGCCGGGAGCCUUCGGCACUACCAAGACAUUCAAGACGAAGGCGGGCCUUUUGCAGAUGAAGAGGCCGGAGGGCGAAGUGAUGCAGCCGAGCCGCCCCAAUCUCGUGAUGGAGCUGUUCCUGUGGCUACUGAAGGCGAAGACCCGGCGAUGGAUAUCGACUUCAACGACUACGCGCCCUCCAUGCCCGACCUUGAUCAAGCUGAAGUACCUGAACUCCAAGAGCUACCGGAUGAUGACACCACCCGAGUGCCAUCUGCGGCCACCUCAAGACGGCCGAGCUCUACCGGGACACUGCGGGUGGACGAAGCCUCGAGCGGAACUAUUCCAUGGGGACCAGUGCGCGCGGAAGCAAGCGCGCCAACUCCAAUGCCCUACCCGUUUGUGCAGCCUCCUUCGGCCUGGCCGCCAACAACGGGAAGAUCCAACUACGUCGAGGUCAUCAAGGACUUUCACGAGGAUCACGACGGCGCCAAAUACUGGUUCAACAAGGUCCAUGGAAGAAGUGAGCCGCGGGCCGCAACUGGAGGGAGCAAGUUUGUGAGUCACGAUUCAGCUGCUUACUUCAGUGCCCAUGAUCGUCGGUUUUACUUGGCAAAGAAAAAGGAGUCUCCGGGACAAGUGACGUUUUCCCUUCUAGGCGAGGAAGAGAAGAAGAUCUUUCGACAGUCCCGUGAGAAGGAGAUAAAGUCUUUGCUGGAGUCCGGAGCGAUCAGGGUUUUAUCGCUAGAAGAGAGCCGCAGAUUCCGGAAGGAGCAUCCGGACCACGUCCUAACCUCCAGGUACGUUGAUCGUUGGAAACCCACGGAGGCAUUUGCCGUGCUUCCGGACAACUUCGACGCCAACAAUCCCGGGGAGCAUCGGGCACAGGUGGCUGCGAAAAGCAGGUGGUGCGUCGUAGGAUGGCGCGAUCCCCACGUUCAUGAGAUCGAGCGGUCAGCGCCGACGCCAAGGUCUACUUCGAUCUACCUGUUCCUUCAGCUCUCGGCAUCGCGACCAGCUCAUCCUAUUGGAAACGGAAGUCUACGGGCUCGUAUCGGGGCCGUCCUGGUGGAGAAGGUCGCUCCUGGAGCCGACGAGGAAGAUCCCGACAAGACCAAAGGGAUUAUCGUCAUCGAGGUUGACGACUUGCUGGAAGCCGGUGGAAAGCGACAUCGGGACAAUAUGAAGUGGCUGGAAAGCCGCCUGAAGUUUGGCAAAAUCGUCAAGCUGCGUGAUCACCCAGAAGGAACUGCCUAUGCAGGUCGCCGCAUCAUGCAGCUGGAGGAUGGGACAUUCCAGUACACGAUGGCCGAUUACAUCGCCAAUCGCCUGAAGGCCAUCCCGAUUAACCGCAAGAUCCUGAAAAAGAACGCCUCCGAGACUCUUCUUAACGCCGAAGAGGAGACGCAACUCAGGGGAGCAAUCUCUUGCAUUCUUUGGAUUGCGAGAGAGGGAAGACCCGACGUGGCUGCCGCGGCAAGCAUUCUUUCAGGACGAUUCCCGGAGCCAAAAAUGAGCGACGUGUUCGAAACCAACGAGGUCAUCGCUCACCUGAAGGCGCAGCACGUGGUUCUGCAGAUUUUCCCGAUUCCCGAGAGCGAGGUUCGGCACUUCGUGAUCUCGGACUCCGCCUACGACCCCACGGGCAAGACCAAGCCUCAGCAUGGAUGGCUUCAAGGUAUAUCCAACUCCGAGCUGAACGCUGGAGCCAGCGCGCCUAUGUCGCUGAUUGGAUGGACUUCAAAGCGGCUGAGACGGAAGGCAGGAAACACCCUGCUCUGCGAAUCGAUAGCUCUAUCGACGGCUCUCGGAGCAGCCGAGAAGCAAGUGAGUAUGUGGGACAGCUUCUGCAAGUCACACUACUCACCUCGCGAAAACCUCGAGCCUACGGAUGAAGAGCUUGGAUUGCGGAGUAGCGCCACCGUGAUCGCCGAGGAAAGCGUCGAGUACCGGGACCCCUACUCUAUCGCCAUCGUCGACGCCAAGAGCCUCUUCGACGGUGCGAGUUCUGAACAAGCCCAAGGGGAGGAUGAUCGUAGUGCGUUAGAGAUAGCCAUAAUUCAAGAAUCGUUGGCGAAAAUCCACGGCAGAAUGAGGUGGAUUCCACACAACAAGAAUCCGGCAGAUGCACUAACCAAGCUGGCGGGUGCUCACAUGCAGCCGAUGAUGCAGCUUUUGCGUAGCAACCGACUUCAGAUUGAAGAAGAGUCUGAAGUGCUUCAGCAGGGAAAGCAGAGUGCGUACAGAAUGAAGGCAAAGGCCUGA